AUGACAGACAACACUGAAAUACAAGCAGGUGCAAGUAAAGCCAAAGGAGGUAGAAAGGGUAAAGUUCCUCAACCACAAGUUCCCGAUAACAAUGCCACCAAUGAAACUGAAAUUGAAGUGACUGAUGAAGAAACCGAUUCCGAUUCUGAUCAAAACAGCAGCAGCAAACAAUACAACUUUCGCACUCUGGCAAAGCUCCUCGAGCCAGUGCCCAAGUUAAUGUCACAAAGCUACUAUAGUUGGAAUGUCCACAUCAAGUCCUUCCUUCAAUCUGUUCCCCACGCCAUGAAACACCUUGAGGGAACAUAUGACAAGAACCACCCCAAGUGGAAUAGUGUAUUCGAUGAUGCCCUCACGAAUGCAGUACAUGGCACUAUCGACACCACUGGAGAAUACAACAUCAACUACCUAAUCCUUGACAUCAUUAGGGAAUACCACACUUUCCACCAGAUCUGGAAGAAGAUUGAAAAUGGAUUGACCAAUGAAGCCAUCAUAACCUCACAUUGA